AUGGUUCGCAAGCAUCAACCUGGUUCGCGAUCUCGUUCGCGAUCGCCCCCACGACAGCAACACCACGACGGACCUCAACUGGCGUCGGCUAGAGGAUUUCAUUGGAUGGAGCCGAUGACCGAGAUCCCUGGCAUCCCGCCAGGUCUCGAAUACAUUGCCCAAAUCGAGGCAUUGAUUCUGAAGCAGCUCGUCGAGCCGGUUGAAGUGUUGCUCGGAUUCGAAACCGCGAAUCGAUAUGCGAUUUUGAACAAAUAUGGCCAACAGAUUGGAUUCGUUACAAUAGGAUGUUGCUCGUCGGAUCUGCAGAUUCGGGAUAUGACCGGACGAACGGUCCUCUAUAUUACUCGAACGGGCUGCUGUUGUUGUAAUAACACGUUUCUAGUGACCGAUUUGAGAGGGGUUGCAAUUGGAAAAAUUCAUAAAAAUUGGGGUGGAUUGGCGAAAGAAAUGUUCACCGACGCUGACACAUUUUCGAUUUCUUUUCCAAUUGAUUUGGAUUGUAAAAUCAAAGCUGUUCUACUUGGAGCCUCAUUUUUGAUUGUAAUCAUUUAUCUAAUGAUUUCUCCAAUUAAUUAA